AUGAAGAGCCCCCUCGCAGUGCUCGCGCUGCUGCCCAUCCAAUGUCUGGCGCAGUAUUCGUUAAUGCGAGAUUACUCAGGGUCAGGCUUUUUCGACGCAUGGAACUUCUUUGGCAAUGCCGAUAACCUUACCAGUGGUGAUUCAUUUUACUUGGAUCGAAGCGCGGCUGCUUCGCAGAAGCUUGCCUUCGUCAAUGAUGCGGGGAAUGCAGUCAUCAGAGUUGAUAACUUCACUAACGUCGCCCUCAAUGAGAAGCGAAACUCGAUCAGAGUGGAGUCCAAAGAUCUGUACGAUGUGGGGAGUCUAUGGAUUAUCGAUGCAGUUCACAUUCCCUUUGGAUGCUCGGUAUGGCCUGCAUUCUGGUCAAAAGGCGACAACUGGCCGUUCGGAGGUGAAAUUGAUAUAAUAGAAGGGAUAAACCGUCUCUCCCGGAAUCAGAUUGCUCUCCAUACCGUCCGUGGCUGCACAAAAUUUGACGCGCCGGGGGAACAAAUAGGACAAACGCUCGGUAAAGAUUGCUCUAUCGGCGCAGGAUGCGUGACCGCCGAAUCCAAGCCAAAUAGUUAUGGGCAGGCAUUCGCGGACAACGGCGGCGGCGUGUUUGCGACGCAGUUUGAUACCUCUGGGGUCUAUGUUUGGUACUGGCCGCGUUCCGCCAUUCCCGCUAGCAUCCGGUCGGCCAGUAAGACUAACAUGACUCUCGCGGACUGGGGACUGCCUACAGCGGCAUAUCCGUCCAACUCAUGCGACAUCCCGAAAUUCUUUACUGCACAACGACUCGUCCUUAAUAUCGCGCUAUGCGGUGUCUGGGCCGGUGUUCCGAAUAUCUACAAAUCUACCUGCGGCGAUGGCAUCUGUUACAACGACAAUGUUGUAGGGCCGGGUAGUCCGCGCUACGAUAAUGCGUACUUUGAGAUCCCCUACAUCCGAACAUAUACAGCAACGGCCGCGGCGGCAAACGCGCCUACAAGCACUAGCACCAGCACUAUCAUUGUUACCCAAAGCGCUACGCUAGCUAGUGAUGCUCAAAACUCGCCCACCCUCGCCAAUAGUCAGAGCGCGGCCACAGCGGACCCUCAACCCGGUGGCGUAGCUGCAUCGUCUGCUUCUCGCUUAUAUACCCCGCAUCUUCACGCUGCACUUCUUCAUUUGCUAGCUUUCUGCGUUGCUUUCUUUUAA